UAUUUAUGCUAACCUUGUUCUAUUUUUUUCCAUUUUAUUUUUGUUAAAUAGCGUUGUUUCCAUGCUUCAGGUUCCUCUAUGAUGAAAAAAGAUCCUUAUGAAGUACUGGGUGUCAAGAAAUCAGCAAGUGCCGGGGAAAUCAAGAAAGCUUAUUAUGCUCUGGCUAAAAAAUACCAUCCAGAUACCAAUAAGGAAAAGGAUUCUCGCGAAAAAUUUGUACAAAUUCAAGAAGCCUAUGAAAUCCUGUCGGAUGAACAAAAACGUCAACAAUAUGAUCAAUUUGGACAUGGUUUUGAAGGUGGAGGUCCUGGUGGAUUUCCUGGAGGCGGUGCUGGCGGUGCCUAUCCUGGUGGAUUUGAUCCCAAUGAUAUCUUUAGUCAAUUUUUUGGUGGUGGAUUCCGUGGUGCUGCUGGUGGAUUCGGUGGUCAGGCAGGUGGAGAUCCUUUCCGAAAUGUUCGUGGUGAUGAUCUUCAGACACCAUUGACUCUAUCAUUUAUGGAAGCAGUAAAAGGUGCAACCAAGUUCGUCCAAAUCAACCGGGUGACGAAUUGUUCAACAUGUCAUGGAAGUGGAUUGAAGACUGGAAAACAAAAGAGUACUUGUAGCGUUUGUCAAGGAUCAGGUGUACAAACAAUUUCCAUGGGUGGAUUCCAUAUGCAAACCACUUGUCAAGCUUGUGGUGGAGCUGGAUCAGCUAUUCCUCCAGGAUCAGCAUGUUCUCCUUGUAGUGGUGUUGGAAAAGUACGGGAACGAAAAACGGUGGAAGUCCAUGUUCCUCCUGGCGUAGAUCACAAUUCUCGUAUUCGUGUAUCUGGUGAAGGUGAUGCUCCUCUAAAAGGUCAAGGUCCAAAUGGCGAUUUAUUUGUAUCUCUCAACGUAUUGCCUUCCAAGAUCUUCCGUCGUAGUGAUUAUGAUAUUCUUUUGGAUGCCAAGAUUCCCUUCCAUAAAGCUCUUCUAGGUGGCAAGAUUCGUAUCCCUACUGUGGAUGGUGAUGUAGAACUUCGUAUUCCUUCUGGAUCUCAACCUGGUGACAACAUCGCUAUGCGUGGUCGUGGUAUUCAAAAACUUCGAAGUACAGCUCAUGGUGAUCAAAUUGUCACAUUGAAAAUUGAAUUACCAAGGUAUUAUAUAUAAAGAUCAUGAAAGGCAAAGAAGGUUGAUUAUAUUAUUUUUUAUUUAUUUAUUUAUUUAUUUAGAUCAUUACGUGGUGAAGCUCGUGAAAUCAUU